AUGACAGUGCUACAGGCGGUGGGCGCACUGGCGGGCCUCCUCAUGCGCUGUCAGCGGCUGGUACUGUGCCGCAGCAACCCUCAGCCGGCGACCCACUUCAGUAGCUCCUCGCUUGAAAUCGUAGCCGUGUCUAUUCGCUUGUCGCCUCAUCACCACCCCGUCAGUCUCCUCCGAUAUCGCGAUUCCCCACAUCGGCGAGUGAGCAGACCCAGCCUCAGUUCACGACGAGCGGCGGCGGUAUAUUUCCGGCGAGCUCCGCCGUCGCUAGCAGUAGCAGACCAAUCCGGUCACCUGCCGGUUGAUCCGAGGAGUUUCCUUCGCUGA